GAUCUCAUUACAGCCACUGGACCAAUCAAAUCAGACCACAGCUUCAAAUCAUCCAAUCAGGGACUGACUCUAAACUUGGUUUUCUACUGAACUGUCUGAGUUCCUAACAUCACUAUCACUUUGUUUGAACAAGAACGAUGAUCACACUCUUUGUUGCUCUUUGCUUCUUAACAUCAGUGAAACCUUCUAACAUCAAGGAGAUUCAAGUUAAAAAAAUAAAGAUUGGAGAAGAUGUUACUAUAAAAUGCGGCGUGUCCAGUGACAAAGAUAACCUUUUUUGGUUCAAACAGAGUUUUGGAAAGCUUCCUCAGUUGUUAGGGAGAACAGUGGGGAAAGAUUUCAGACCUAAUGAUAAACGCUUCAGUGUUAGUGAUGUAAAAUUGUUUAAUCUCAACAUAACAAAUGUGACAGAAGAGGAUACAGGAACAUACUUCUGUGUAGAAAUGCUGAGCACUUCACCAGACUUUACAUCUGGAACCCUUUUGGUUGUUGAAGAUGAGGAGAGGAAACGAUCUCCUCCAGCUGUAACGGUGUUGGAGAACGGAGAGUCGCUCACACUCCAGUGUUCAGUACAAGCCAUUACUUCAAGCUGUGAAGAACCGAGCGUGUACUGGUUCAGACACGGCUCAGGAGAAUCUGAUCCAGGAAUCAUUUACACUCAUGGAAACGCCAGUGAUGAGUGUAAGAAGAGCUCUGAGGCUGGUUCUCCUCCACAGAGCUGUGUCUACACUCUCCCCAAGAGGAAGCUCACAACCUCUGGUAAAGAAAUGCUCUACUGUGCUGUGGCUGAGUGUGGACAAAUCCUCUUCAGGAAUGUAAAUAAAGCUGCAGAUACAAAAAAUAGGCAGUGGAUUGUUGCCUUAACAAUCUCCAAUGUAAUAUGUGUUAUCGUGAUCAUUGCUCUGCUCGGACGUUUACUUAAACUACAAAAAGGGGCUUCAAACGACCAAACAACUAACAUAAAUCAGGUCGCUGCUGAAGAGGUCUUGAACUAUGCAGCUGUGGGUUUUGAUAAGAAACCUUCAUCCUCUAGAACAUCCAGAGCCAAGAGCCAUGAAGAUGUUUAUGCUCAAGUUAAAGUAAAAUAGAGAAAGAGAAAUUAAUUCAGAAUUAAAACACAACCAAAAUUUAAUUCUUCCCUAAUUUUUAAUUCUUAACUAAAACUAGACAGAUUUUUGAAUCAUGAAUGUACUAGUUUGCUUUAAUUGUUUAUGACUAAAGCUUCUUAUUUGUGGUCUAAAGUUCUGUUCUUUCACCAUUACAGACUGUGUAACCUUCUCAUUUGUAUUUAUUAGGAUUUGAUCAGUUGGUCUUUAAAUUAUAUCCUGCAUUUUUUCCCUAAAUUUAUAAAAGCUUUACAUUUGGGAUCUUUACUUAACAUUUUCUCUUAAAAUAAUGAACCUGAUUUCUAGAAUUGCAAGAAAACCCAUAGUUUGAUUUUAAAAGCUACCUUCAUGACCGUUCAGGUCUCACAUCAGGCCUUUAUUCUUCUUUAAAACAUGUCAGAUGUGAGAGGAUAAAUAAAUCUGUGGAUAAUGUAAUUACUGUAAAUGAGCUAAAUCACAUUUCCCAGCUGUAGGCAGUUUAUAAGUAAAUAUAAUGCACAUUAUGAUGUUUAACCCACACAGAUUUCCAUAAAUAUUAAUGACUUUAAAGUGAAAUAAAUCUGAAUAUUAAUGUUAGUGAUAUUAGUGUUUACUGUGUUACUUAUUACUGCUGAACCUGAAAUUCAAUUCCAAUUACAUUUUAAUACAGAUUUUACUUUCAUGACAUUUCUAUUAAAUCUAUUAAAUAUUGCACGGUGUGAUGAGUUAAGGCUCAGAUUUAAAUAGUAAAUAAAUCAUUAGGAACAUAACAAUUAUCACUGUAUCUAACACGCUUCCCUGAAAUCUCACUGAAGAAUUAAGUGUGAAUGUGUUAAACAUGUGAUGAUGUAAUGUGGGGAAAUAUGUGGGGAGUCAUUUAAAUUAUCGUUCAGUAAUUUUACUCAAACCAAGAAAUAUUAGAAUUGUUCCAUUUCUCUUGUAAUCAUGCCCUGGUUAGAUUUAGUAAAAAUGUUUUAGUGAAUCCUCAGAAGCUUCAGAGCCUCAGACAUGUACUCUGUAUCGUCAUAUAUAUUGCUGUAUAGUUUAAACAAUUUUUAAAAAUAAAUCAUGUUAAAAAGAAAUGAGUCUGUGACUGCAUGUGAGAACAGAAAACAAAAAACUCUAAUUAUUUUAACUCAAUAUCCAACUGAAACUGUAUUCCUGAUGUAACAGAAUGUGACUUAAUAGUGCCCCUGAAAGACUAGUUUAAAUCGAGCCACUGCGCCACCUUCUGUUGUGAGAGAGGAAGUUGCUCAGCUGCUUUAAUAUCUGCUUUGUCGCAUUUGUGAGAAAAUCAAGACAAGAAAAUCCUCUUAUACACUUUUCCCCUUAUAUUGUCUUUUGUAUUUGCAAAUUGCUUCUGUAUAUUUGAGAAUGAACUUUUCCUUUACAAAGAAGCAAAAUAAUUUCUUUAGUUUUGGCACAAAUUUAUCUCUCUAAAUGUCCCAUGAUCAGAGGUUAUGAGAUUGUGAAGGUGUUCUGUGGUGUCACCUAGAUAUUAGCAGCAGAUCCCUUAAGGCCUGUAAGUGAGGUGAGGUUCCCGUGGAUCAGACUUGUUUGUACAGCACAUCCCACAGACGUUUGUUCAGACUGAGAUCUGGGGAGUUUGGAGGCUGAGUCAAUACCUUUAACUCUCUCUUUGUCUUGUACAGACCAUUCAUGAACAAGUUUUGCAGUG